AUGAGUCAGCAAGGGUUAUAUCCGUACAAGAGGCUAGGGAGAAGAAGGAGCACAGUUUUAACAAUAACAACAUCAUCGAACUUUACGGAUGAAUUUCAAGAUCAGCGUCAAUUGAUUGAUUAUUCCAAUAAUAGAAUAUUUAAAACAUUAAUAACUAUUCAAUUACCCAAAAGUGAAAUAUUGUUAUAUACAAGCAACAUUGUGGAAAAUGAAAUGAAUCCUCAGUUUCAAAUCCAAUUACCAUUCAUUCCACCUUAUGUUUAUAAAUUUGUUUUGAAAUUAUGGUUCUAUUCCAAUAUAUCUUCGUGGAAUAUACUAUGUCAAUAUAAAAUCAAUUUAAAUGUAGCUCAACCAUUCAAUCAAUUUAAGGAUGAUGAUUCAAUGGAUCAUUUUGAAGAUAAUUCAAUCUGUUUGGAAUUAAAUGAUAAAUGGUUUACUUUCGAAAACAUGGUAAUACCGAACUCGCGAUCAUCGAUACUUCAAAGUAUUCCGCAUACCCAUUACUUGAAACCAGUACCGUCAUAUACUUUUGAUCAAAUGCGUUCAAUAAAUAAUCUAUAUAAAUCAAUUAAAGAAUUGAACUCCUCGAAAUACAAGUUGAAGAAACAAAUAAGCAAGUAUCUUCGAGAUGUAGACGAUUGUAAUGUCAACACCUUACCUAUCUUAAUAAAUCAAUUGAAAAUAAAAUGCGCUAAAUUAGAUAAAGAUUUGGAAUUAAUUAACUUCAAAAUUGAAUCAUUAAAUGUUAAAUUACAUCAAGUUAAACAAGAAUAUAACGAUAACAAAAAACUCAUACUAGAUUUUGAAAAUGUUAGGGAUAUGGUAAAUGAUAAAAUUGAGAUAUUUAAUCACGAGUUGGAAACUAUGAAAAAUAAUAAAGAUUUGAUGAAAGAAGAAAUUAGACUUUUGUUAAAGAAAGACAUCAUGGUUAUCAACGAAAUUUUUCCAAUAACUGACUCCUCAUUUGUUGAGUCAUCGGUGUCUUCAGAUUUUGACAUACUAGGGUUCCAAUUUCCUCCAAAUUAUAAAGAUUUGAAAGAUAUUUGUUAUUAUAAUUCCAAGACUUUAAGCAAUAUAUAUUAUAAACACGAUUUUAACAACGAUAUACAGCAAUUACAUCAGUUUAACAUAUUGCAGAUAAAUACAUGUGUUGCAUUUAUUACUCAUAUAAUUCAAGUAAUAUCACGAAUCACUUUAACACCAUUAACAUACAAAAUGGAAUAUUCAAAUUAUAAAUACUAUAUUAUAGAUCAUAAAUCAUCCUCAUACCCAAUUUUAGGUAAAACAAGCGACUCGAAUAUACAUAAAUUUUCACUAUACUAUAGUCAAAAAGAUGAAAAUAAUGAGAAAAUUCAAGUAGAUUCUUCGAAAUAUAUAAUAAUGAAUCAAGAAUUUGAAUAUGGAUUGAAGUUACUUAAUACAAAUUUAAAAGAUUUAAUUAAUCAUACUAGAGAAGAUAUUUAUGAUGUUUCAUCACAAGAAUUAAAUAACGUGCCUGUGGAUUGUCAAGAUAAUUUACUAUGGAAUUUAAAGUAUUUGGAAUUAUUGAUAACUGCUUAG